AUGAGUGCAGUAUCAGAAUAUAAUGAAAUUAAGGAACAAUUGAAUAAUGUAUCAGAACAACUCAAUCGAGUUGAAUUAUUACUCAAUAAUAGUAUGAAUCAGUUAUUGAAUAAAAUCGAUGAUAGUAACCGUAAUAUAAUAGAUUUAUUCAAAUCUCGUUAUACUUCACUAGCAGAUGAUCAACAACAAUCUUCUAGUCGACCAGUUAAUGCUCUUCUGAUUAUUGAUGUACAACAUGAUUUUAUUAAUGGAAGUCUUUCUCUUCGAAAAUGUCCAUCUAAACAUAAUGGUGAAGAAGUUGUUCCAGUUAUAAAUCAUCUUCUUGAUUCCAUAGAUUUCGAUGUAGUUGUUUAUAGUCAUGAUUGGCAUCCUAGUGAUCACAUAUCGUUUUUUGAUAGUCUUCGUCUUCGUUCACAAUAUCUUACUAAUGAUUCAACACCUUUAGCUGAUCUUCGUCCUUAUUCAACGGCAAUAUUUGAUAUUCCUGGUGUUGCUCGUAUGGAACAAAUUCUUUGGCCUGCACAUUGUGUUCAGAAAACAUCUGGUGCUGAACUUCAUCCGGAUUUGAAAGUAAUCGAUGAAAAGAAUACACGAAAUAUAUCAGUUAUUCAUAUAUAUAAAGGAACAAAAUCCGAUAUUGAUUCAUAUUCAGCUUUUUGGGAUAAUUUAAAAUUAAGUGAAACAACAUUACAUAAAUCAUUAACAGAAAAACAAGUUACACAAGUAUUUCUUACUGGUCUAGCAACAGACUAUUGUGUAUAUUUUACAGCAAUUGAUGCAUUAGAACAUGGUUAUAAAACAUUUCUGAUUGAAGAUGCAAGUCGCGGAGUAGAUCCAAAAACAAUCAAGGAAAGACUUGAUGAAUUUACACAGAAACAUGGCCGAGUUAUUCAAUCUAAUCAAGUGAAAAACUACAUACAACAAUAA